GGUGGCGCCUAAAGCACGCAUGCGCAGUAUGAGUCAUUGCAGAUUUGGAUGGCAUACAUUUGUCCUGCACGUUGACAUUGGCUCUGUACCUUCUUGUAUUGGACAGGAUGGGAUCUUCAAUGUCUUCACCUGCUGCUCCUACAGUUCGUGCAGAGGCAAUGAUGGUCGCCCCUCCACAAAGUUGUCCUAUGCACAAAGAGGAUCAGCCUGUUAAAGUCUCUCCGCCACCAGAAUGCCCCAUGCACCAAGCACAGCCUGUUGUCGUUUCUCCGCCAUCAGAGUGUCCGAUGCACAAAGCAGAAGGCGGUCCAGCUCACCAAGAUCGAGCCUAUGACUAUGUGGAGUGUCCCAUGAAAGCCGCAGCAGGCUUGAAUAGUGACAUCGACCCGACAAACAUGAUGCCUCCUCCUAACCAAACGCCCGCUGCGGACCAGCCGUUCGAGUUGUCCCUCUCUCGAGAGGAGUCCUCCAUUCCGCGCCAUGGCGCAGAGAAGAACUGGGUGUACCCGUCUGAGCAGAUGUUCUGGAAUGCCAUGCUGAGAAAGGGGUGGCGCUGGCGUGAUGAAGAUCUUGCCUCCGAGGACAUGAACCACAUCAUCAAGAUCCACAACAAAAACAACGAGCAGGCCUGGCAGGAGAUCUUGAAGUGGGAGGCCAUGCAUGCUGGAGAAUGUCCAUGUGGUCCAACCUUGAAGAGGUUUGGCGGUAAAGCCAAAGAAUACUCCCCUCGUGCUCGCUUACGCCACUGGAUGGGCUACGAGCUUCCCUUCGACCGCCACGACUGGAUCAUCGAUCGCUGCGGGACGGAGGUGCGCUACGUCAUCGACUACUACGACGGCGAGAUCAACAAAGACACAUACCAGUUCUCCAUCUUGGACGUGCGUCCAGCCUUUGACUCUUUAAAUGCCGUGUGGGACCGCAUGAAGGUGGCCUGGUGGCGCUGGACCUCCUGAACGCCGCCCAUCGGGCUUUUAUUGUUGUUGCUGCGUGUGAAACAUCACAGCUCGUAAGAAACGCAACCUCAACCAAUCACGUCUUUUGGACUCGUUUAAACCGCCUUGUUAUAUUUAUUGCAUCAAAUGUGGGCAGUCCUUUCUCUCCAAACAUUUCAGGUGCUGAUAUUCAAAAAGAAAAGCUUGUCUUCAAAGCAGGGUGCUGUUGAAUAAAGAACAAGAGCAUGAGGUA